CAUGCCCAUCCGGCGCAUCCCCCAUCUUGCCCACCCCAUCCCAUCCCAUCGUUCUGGGACGGCAGCAAGCCAAAGCUACACUUCGUGCUGUGCCACAAAGAACUGUGCCGGUCGCUCUCGUCGACCCUUGCCCGCUGGCUGCUCGGCCGACGCACGAAACGCUGGCUCCCCCUCCCCCUCCGAGUCGUGUAGCGGGGGGAGAGAGAAAAGUGAAAGAAACGGCCCGCCGCCAGCUGUGCCAGCAGCAGGAGUUCCUUUCGCUCGUGCGUUUGUCGCUUUACACACACAUCUGCACGACAAUAGACACAUCGUAGAGCCAACCUUCUCAGCCUCCACUGCCACUCAUCCCAGUGCCCCGGCCUCGCAAGCUUGCAGCAUGGCGGCCAUGUUACUUUCUCAAAGUGGCGGAGGCGGUGGACCUGGCGCGAUCGACUCGGCAUCGACCGCCUCCAACGCAUUGUCGUUGCACUUUCUCGCCAACGGCCCCGGAAGCAGCAUCAGCACCACCACCUCGUCGCCGAGUCUCACUGCAUCCUCUUUGACGUACCAGCCGCUCAGCCUGGCCGACGCCAUGGCGCGGGCCAACGUGGAUCCCACCUCGGCGCUCGAAGAGGUGCUAGCCGAGCGCAACAAGUUCUGCCUCGAAGCCGGCAAGCUGAGCAACGAGAACAUGCGCAUAUGGAGCCUGAUGGGCAAGAUUCGCAAGGAGAACGAGGCGCUCAAGGCUAAGAUCGCCGAACUGGAGAGGUGGUCGCCCAGCUCUCUCUCCAAAAUGUCGCCGAUAGGAGGCAACGCCCCGACAGCAGCAGCAACACCAGCAGCAACACCAGCAGCGCCAAUGUCAGCGGCGCACAGCACGCCCACCCUGUCGGCACCACCUGGAAGAGCGCCAGUGGGGACACCAGGCCAGGGAAGCUCCGACUUGACAUCUCCGAUCGAUGUCACGUCGUCGCCGUUCCCAACAGGGAGUGCCCCGCAGACGCCGAUGCAGCAGCACUUCGGCAAUUCGAGCGCUGCAGCAGCGUCCUCGACCAUAACGGUGAUGACAGCUGUAGAAUCGGCCUCGGCCUCUUCGGCUGCCAUCAUGCAGCAGCGUGCUGCCGCCCAGCAACGCAGCCUGGAGGGCGCGCAAGGGCGAACGAGCAUGGAGAGCCAGGACUUUGAAGUGGAGGCAGUCGAGGCGAGUGAUGCGGAAGCGUCGGGAUCCGAGCGGCAGUCUCUACAGGCCGGUGCCAUCCUCCAGUCUGCCAUGACGCCACCCUCAGCGGCGGCGGCGGCAGACAUCAACGCAAGUUUCCUGUCACAAGGCGCACAGCCACUCUCCCCGACCCGACUGCGCGGCGACACAUACAGCGGCAUCGCAGGUGCUAACCCGGUGCCGGCGCGCGAUUCCGCUGUCACGAAAAAUACGCGCGCGUUAGAGCUGUCGGACCUGCUUGCGAACGCCGCCGUUGAGAGCUCGUCGAACAUGCCACGCGUGGACGGGUCGAUGCUGCACACGCUGCAAGUCUCCGUCACCAGCUCGGUCAUCAAGGCCACAUCUGGCAAGGAGCGCGAUGUCUGCUCGUUCCUCAUCCGCAUCGAGAAUCCCGCGGUGCCGCCGCCGCCACCGCCGCCAUCGGAAAGCGGGCGCGGCAAUCUCAACGGUACCGGCGGCCCGCCUAGGGUGUGGAAGGUGGAGAAGACGUAUGCGGAGAUCACAGCCCUCGACGCGCGGCUACGCCAAAAGUGGGGGAAGAGCGGCUCAAAGAAGCUGGCUCACGUCGCCCCGCCGGACAAGUCGCUCUUCAAGGAUCACGCCCCGAGCAAGGUAGAUCAGCGCAAGGCAAUGCUAGACAAGUGGCUGCACGACUGCAUCUCAGCACAACUGCCGGACCGGGACGAUAUUGCGACGUUCCUGUGCACGGACGUGGUGCUGCACGACAAGCCUAAGCCGAGCGGCUCGGCGGUGCGCGAGGGCUACCUGACCAAGAAGGGCCAGAACCUGGGGCGCUGGGUGACGCGCUAUUACGUUCUCCGCGCCACGCGGCUUGACUUCUUCGAGACACGCGGCGGUCAGCAGAUCGGUACGAUCAACAUCCACGGCGCGCAGAUCGGCCGCCAACAGAAGAGCGCGACGUCCGAUAUGGAUGACAACUCGUACCGCCAUGCAUUCCUGGUGCUCGAGCGGCGCAGCGGCGGCGCAAACGGCCUGCCCGGUGCGGGGACAAGUAUCGCGGCCGCGGGCGAAGGUAGUGGUCCCGGUGGCUGUGGUGGCGUAGGCGGAGCGCAAUCGGCGCAGCUCGUCAGGCAUGUUCUGUGCGCGGAGAGCGAUGCCGAUCGGGACGAGUGGGUCGACAGCCUCGUGCGGACUAUUGGGGAGAUGGAGAGCGUGAGUAAACCGCCGCUGUCGCCAACACAGCCGCAACCUCAACUGCAGCCUUUCGGCGAGGCGCCACAACAACAGCAUCACUUGCAGCAAGCGCACUUGCAUCAUAUGCACAUCCCGCCGACGAGCUCACUACUGGGUGGCGCUCCCGAUUUGGCGCCCGAUGCCCAUUCAACUGGCGUGCCGAGCAUGCCAUCGUCACCUUCCUACCCACCUGCGUCCACUCCUGCGCCGCUCGUACUUCCGCCGAGUGGGCCUCAAUUGGGCACCCCCAGCGCCUCUGCAAACAUGUCCGUGCUACCGAGUGCCCAGACCCGGCCAGGAACAAGCGGUAGCCUAUCCAGGCGCCUCCGCGGGACCGGCGGGAGCGGCAGUAUCUCCACUGUCGGCGAUGGGAGCUCGAGUCUAGGCCACCACCCUGUCUCGAGCCCGCCGAUGGGCACCAUGGCGCUGCCGGACAGCUCCGUUCAUUCGUCUUUCCCGCGCGCUCCAUCGCCGGACCAGGGCUCGUCUGCCAACGGACACGAAGCAGCAGCAGCCCUAGCUUCAGGAGGGAUGCCGUCGACGCCGCAGCGGGCUAACGCAAAGCUGCCGAUCAGCGGGCCGAUGAACGGUGCGCCGAUCCCGCUGGGAUACAAGUUUGGCUCAAAGGACGAUGUAGGCAGCGCGGAUGGUCAUGGCAAGAAGGAUGACAAAAAGCGCUUCUGGCAGGGACUGCGGCCGUUUGGUGGCGAUAAGGGAAAGACGGAGCAUCGCCCCGUCUUUGGCGUUCCCCUCGCGGAGGCGGUCGCAGCAUCGAGCAUCGGCGACAAGACGGGCUUGCCGCCGGUCGUGUAUCGGUGCAUCGAGUACCUUGAGAAGCGAAACGCCGCGCUCGAGGAGGGCAUCUAUCGCCUCAGCGGCAGCUCAGCCGUCAUCAAGGCGCUCAAGGACAAGUUCACCGCCGAGGGCGACGUCGACCUGCUCGCCGGCGAUCAAUUCUACGACCCGCACGCGAUCGCUGGGUUGCUCAAGACAUAUCUGAGAGAGCUGCCCACGAGCGUGCUGACGAGAGAGCUGCACAUGGAGUUCAUGCGCGUGAAUGACGUGCCUGAACGCGUGGAUCGCAUCAACGAACUCGGGCAGCUGGUCUGCAUGCUUCCGAUGCCAAAUUACGCCCUGUUGCGAAUUCUUUGCGGACACCUCAUCAAGAUCAUCCAGCACUCAGACGUGAAUAAGAUGACCAUGCGAAAUGUCGGCAUCGUCUUCAGCCCCACGUUGGCCAUCCCCGCUGGUGUCUUUGCGCUCUUCUUAACCGAAUUUGACUGGGUCUUCUUCACGGAUGCUCAUGGGGAGCCUGCGCCAAAGCAAAUGCCGCAGGCAACUGAGGAAGCAGAGGAACUCCCUCCACCGCAGCAUGCAGAUGCUAGCGUGGCAGGCCUGUCAUUACCCAGUCCGCGGUCAGGCGGGCGCAAUAACAACCGAGCGAGCUUCAUCAGUGGUUCCAUGAUGCGCACCGGCGACGGCACCACCGUGCAGGUCGGGCGCAGCAACAGAAAUAGUCUCCAGUACAAAGACAGCGACCUCGACCGCUUCCUUGGUCUCUCGAAGACCGGAGGCACGCCGAUUGUCGGCGAGGAGGACAUGGUUGCCGCCGUCAACUCUAUCAGCCAGCAGUAUCCUCGCGACGAUUCCGAAGACUUCCGAAAAGACGCCGAUGCAGCGUUGAUUUACGGCGAGCAGAAUACCUCACCGCGACAAGAGAUCAGGGCUUCAUAGCGAUUCGCCACGUGCCAGCUUGUCUCUAAUCUCCCAUCUUCCCCCAACAUCUACCGUCUACACAUUCCAUCGCGCACGAAAGGACCUAGCGGUCGAGUUCAUCACAUAUAGCACACGUUGGAUGCACCUACACAGCAGCGCUUGAUACCUCUGUUUGUUCCCCUCCUAUCACCUGCUGCAUCGCAUGGCACCCAUUGCUCCUCUUUUCCGGACCUCGACUGAUGUAUGUAUGUAAUUUGAGCAAAUCAUCAUGGCCUU